CGACGAGUGUCGACGUGUUGUUCCACUCAAACGAGUCCAGCUUCGAGCUUUCUGAGUUCCGACCGCCUCGGGCUUAAAAGAAGGAUCCAACGUUCGAAUCGAUGCUGCUGCCUCGUCUACACGUUGGAUUGGAUUGGAUUGGAUUAGACAUGCGUACUAGCUAAUCUACGAGAUUAUGAUCGUAUAAUUAUGUACUUCACGUCAGGAGCUGAACCCUCGAGCCAUCAAACCCGACUACCAGAAAACCCGGAGAGCGGGGGAAAAGCCGUUUCCUUGCCGGGAGCGAAUCAUCCCUCGCUGCGGCCGCCACCGACGAGGAGCGGGAAGCUCACAAUUAACGACAUUACAAAAUUCUUUUCUCUCCCCAUCGCCGAGGCCGCUUCCAUACUUGGAGUUUCUGACAGCGUUUUGAAGAGAAUCUGCCGUGAAAAUGGCAUUGUAAGGUGGCCAUAUCGCAAGGUAGGAUAACAACUUUUAU